UUAAUCGCUGCCAAUAGAUGCGACAACAUUAUCGUACCAUCUUGUCGAGAAGGCGCCAGUGCUGCCAUAUUUGAUAUUUCGAGGUGCUGGACACCUGCAUUUUGCACAAUAACGGAAUUACAUUAACGAUAUUUUUCUCCACCUUUGCUAGAUUCUAACUGUGGUAACGGCAACGGUCAUCUGUGUGAUGAGACAAGUGACUUUUGGUGAGGCGAUCCCUUGUUUUUCUGGGAACACUUUAAAAGCACCGUUGGAGUCAUAGAAGAGGCACCAAAGCUAAGCCAUUCUCUAAUUUCUAAUGCCGUCCUGCCAAGAAAGCGGUUACGCAAACAUGAAGGACCAAACUCCAUAAACUGAUGGAGACAUGGCCAACAAGGGUUCACUUCCUCCGGAGAAAGAGUUCGGCCCUACGCACCUGAUGGCAGAAAGUCCUGGUGGAACUACCUUAACACAACCAUCUCAGGUUGUAAGUAUAGAGCCAAGUAACAUGUAAUAGCUCAUCAUCCAUCAACGCUUUGACCGCUCCAGUGGACCACCUAGCGUCGAAGGUAGAAGCAUGUGAAAGGCGGCAACUUGAGCGCGACUCAGCUAUCGAUGUUAUGAGUUCUAUUCUUCUGAGUAUCCAAGCUAGCGUCACAAAUAAGAUUGCAAUAGAGAAGGAAUAUUCAGAUGUUACCGGGAAUUUGUGUGCAACAACACCACCUAAGAGGAAGGCAGACAGUUAGAGCUACGAUAAUGUGGACGACUUCAACACAACUAUUCGGGUACCAAUAUCCAUCCUUGAUGAUGACAAAUCAGCAGCAAACCCACCGAAGAGGCCAACCGGCAGCCACAAUAGAAACCAGAAGAGUGCCGGCCAACAAGGUUCGUUCAAGACGGCAGCAGAGGUUGUGGCACACAAAGAGACGAAACUGAUAUCCACCCAAGGGAAGCAUUUUACCCGCUCAGUUGGACCCUCACAAAACACUCGUGGAAGUUUGUAUGGAUACCCAACAAUGAUGCCCAAGAAUAACUACGGGCGCACCUCUGCAAAUUUGAUAAGAACGCGUUCCAUUGGUGGGAACUCAAAAUUCCUUGGACUAGGACCUGCUGAUCCAAUACAUGGGUUUCCAGUGAACCCACCUCUAGUAGGUCAUCUAAACGGACCACGGCCGCGGCCAUCCACCUUUGUUAGAUUGUUUGGCAGUCUGAUGAACACAAUGUGCUUGGACGCCUUCUCAGGGGUUCCCGCAGACAAGCGAUUGCUGAAGCCAACGGACAACAAACUCACUGACUUGCAGAGAGCAGUUGCUGCAUAUGCAUUUAACCCAAUGGGAGAUCCCAUGGAAGAACUGGUUAGGUUUGGACAUUUUGUGUUGCAGCGCCACAACAUACUCACCCUCCAGCCCCCUCAUAUGCCGGACGAUAACAUUUUUGAAAUGUUAGCCUUAUGGCUAAGUUUAGCCACUCGCGAAAACGAUAGGGUAGAAUUCUGGACCUUGCCUCCUGGAUUCACGUUAAGUCGGCCAAUGACACAGUAAAAUGUGUGAUAUAAUUUUCUUUAUCGAUGAUUAGCAACAAAAUGUACAUAUUGAUUUUUGGGAGGGAAGCUCUGCUGAGGAACUGGCCAGUCGUUACAAGGAGAGAUGGAUGAGGCACUUUAAUAGCCUCAAUUAUGUUUAUAUCCCCGUAAAGGAUGCAUGUAGACACUGGUAUCUGGCGGUUGUGGCAUUCCGAGAGCGGACCUUGUAUCAUUUGGAUGCUAGUAUGGAUGAAGAGGGGAGCGUUAGUAGGAAACUAUUCGUCAGAAACCUGGGGGAGGCCCUUUCCCAAUUGGUUGCUAUUGGGGAGUAUUCACCCCCAUUAGCUAAGAAUGAUGCAGAGAUUACCUGCUUCAGCAUUGCUAGCGCAAAUGGCCUACCUGUGGGACAGCCAAGGGAAGCAUGUGCAAUCUGGGUACUCAGUUGGAUGGCUAUGGCUGGCGCUUUCCAACAUAAUAUGCUACCUUCUAUGGACGAUAAAGUGGACACGAAUGCAGAAACUUGUGUCAGACCGUACAAGGCGCAUAGGAAACCUGAUUCAGGGAGGCCCAGGCUAAAACUCACCGUAAAAUAGGACACGAAUGCAAAAACUUGUGUCAGACCGUACGAGGCUCAUAGGGAACCUAAUUCAGGGAAGCCCAGGCUAAAACUCACCCAUUUUUGGGUAUGGACAACCGCUACAGCAAACCGAUAAGAGAUAAAGUAAGGUGCUUGUUCCGCUAACAUACUCCAUAUAAUGUUUCACAUACUCGACAAUGGUUUUCUUCAUGUGAAUAGAAUUAUAUAUAUUAUAUUUUAGAAAUUUUGAAUAUUG